UUUUUUUUUUUUUAUUUGAGAAAUACAUAUAUGUACGUAUCUCCUAGAAUGCGCAACUUCUGUUCCCCUGGCAAAAAUGGAGAAUCGCAGAUCCAUGGCGGGAUCAACGACCACCAUCACAAGUCAAUUGGGACCUUCCGCCCUCCCCACCACCACCACCACAACCCUAACCCUAGAUCACUCCUCUCCGUCCCCUUCCUCUUCCCAGCCGCGGGAAAUCCUAACCAUGGAACUCAAGAAGAAGAACAAGAAGAAGAAGGUGACCUGGAAGGAAGGCACCGUCGACAACGAGUUCCUCCAGAAGAAGAGCUCCAAGAAAUGCUGCAUAUUCCACAAAGACAAGCCCUUCGACGACGACGACAGCGAAGACGACGACUUUCGUAGCCCCGACAAAGACCAAGGCCACGGCCACGAUCACGGAGACGGUUGCUGUUAGAGCGGCGGCGGGGGGAAGUGAUAUAUAGGGACCGAAAAUCUGAAAGAGUUUGUAUUUGUUUACUAGAUAAAUGAAUAGUCGUAUCAUUGUUAUCUUUGUUGUUGAUCUUUUCCUUAUUUGGUUAGGAGAAUGAGUAUCGUUUCUUCCAUUAA